AUGCGUCGUUUCAUUGGAUAUUUGGCGUUAAUGGGCGCCGUUCUUUGUGUUCCUGAUGGACCAUCGUUAAAUUCUCUCCCCCUUAGAAAUCCACUUUCAAGAUAUAGUCCUUACUACAAUGCCGCAAGUGGUACAGCACCCAUUUUAUCAUACUCCAACACUCAUGGUAUUGAUGGCAGUUACUCGUACAGUUUUACGACAGGCGACGGCAAACAAGUGCAAGAAAAUGGAUUUCUAAAAGAUGCCUACAUAGACAAUAUUGGUCAACCCCAGGGUACUCAGGUUAAAGAAGGAAGUUAUUCUUAUAUAUCUCCCGAAGGAACACCAAUUCAAAUUGAUUAUGUUGCUGACGAAAAUGGGUUCAGACACGGUGGUGUUCAUUUUGAAGCGAACGGUAAAGGAGCAAUAUUCAACCCCGGAUUGAAUUAUAAUAACCCUUACAGCCACGGAAAUUAUCCUUUUGGACAGUAUUCCCCAAUAAAACCUUAUGAUUCCAGAUACCUUUACAACCCCCGGUAUAAUACUUAUAAUCCUUACAGACCUGUUCUUAGUAACGUAAAGAAGGAAUUGCUAUUAGCCAUUGCCGUAGCAGCAGUUGCAGCAGAUGUCAGUGACUUGCAACCGUUGUAUCUCCAACAACAAUAUCAUACAACGGAACCUAUCCCCAUAGUACGCCAGGAACAGAUCAUCAAUCCUGAUGGAUCAUACAAAUGGAACUAUGAAACUGGCAACGGUAUUUUUGCUGAGGAGGCCGGGUACAUAAAGAAUCUGGGUAUUCCUGAUCAAGAGACCCAAUCUGUUCAAGGACAGUAUAAGUAUACGGCACCCGAUGGUCAGAUCAUAGAACUGCAGUACGUAGCUGAUGAAAACGGUUUCCAACCAAAAGGAGCUCAUCUCCCAACUCCUCCUUCGAUUCCUGUCGAUAUUCAAAAAGCUUUAGACUACCUCGCAACCUUGCCCCCUCAGAACCAAGAACCUAUCAAAACCCGACCAUUCUGA